ACAUCGCUGGCAAUCUCCCCGCAUCUAUAAUGAAUUGAAUGAUGAACAUAUGCGGUGUUGCCAUGUCGUCAUGUUAAUGAGGGCCAUCUUGUGAUGCUGUUGUUUUCACCGCGAAGAUGACGGCUGAGAAAAAAGAAUUGAUUUAGGAAAUCAAACAAAUCAAUGAUGUGAACAAUAAUCGACAGUUGUGUGAAUGUCGCAACCAAGCAAGACCACCAAGCUCCCAGCCAAACUCAAACCCUUGGAAGUCAUGGCCCAUCAGAGACUGGAAACGAUGGAGCUGCACAACCUCCAACCCCUAGGCAGUACGACCUUACUGCCACCGGUACCCGCAACCACCCCAACCAUCUGCUUGUCCGCGCCGACUACCAGUCACCAGAUAUCUCAUGAGUCCCCCCAUCAUCUUGAAGUCAGUCUUAUUCCAGUGCCCGGCCCGGCUAACACGGACCUGGGAGGCAGCACAAAUGCCGGCUACAUCUCAGACGGGAGUGUCGUGACACCAGUGAAUCGAUUGGAAAGUGCUUUGAGUGGAAAGCUGAGCAGCUUGAGUCAUGUGUCCACAGACAGGGAGGGAUACCAGAGUUCCAGGAUUUUGUCCAGCAGUCCGUCACCAUCUGCCGCUGAUUCCGUCUUCAGCUCCAAUGGGGAUCUACACCAAGUUACCCUGAAUACGGGCAAAAGGGGUCUAGCCCUGUCAGAUUCCCUCGGUCUUCCAAACAACCUGGAGGCGAUGAUGGCCAAACGGUUCAGCCUUCCAAACGCUGGCACCAUCGAGCACCUCAGCCCCACCUCGGCCAAGAUGUCCAGCUUCAAGUCCUCGGACCCGCUGACCAGCAGUAACAGUCACCUCUUGGCCAGUAGGUCGGCCUCGCCGUACAACGGAGAUCUCUUGACGUCACAGGCAAGCUCCCCCGGGAGCAAGUCGUCAUCGCGGGGAAUGGGGCGCUGGUUCCACAAGAGACCCUCGGCUGUCAGCUCAAUCAGCAGCAUGAGUGAUGUCAGCUGCAUGAGCAACAGUCUGGAUGAGGAUAAUGGAGCUGCCAAUGCACGACAGAAACUUCAGGAUCUAGUGAAGUCGGUCACUCAGCGGGCCAAGAAGGUUGGCCGCAAUGAGGUUGCACCGAUCUCAACUGUCUCGACAGUCUCAGCCACUCUUGCUCCUCCCCCAAUCGGUCACAAUGUCCGGAAGCGGCUUGAUUCAUUUGCUCCUAGUAGCGCGACGGACACCACAGAAGAAGUCCAAGUGAAGAAGUUCAACUGUUGCGGGAUGCACAGAGUGCAAAAAUUCCUGCUGAAGUACACCAUCCCUGAUGCCAUCGAUCCUACAGGGGGUAUGUGGCUUGCUUGGCUCAGCAUCGUGGCCCUGUUCUACAUCUACAAUGCCGUCUCAAUCUUCUUGCGUGCAUCAUUUACUGACGAAACCUACGGCUCCGAAAGUAGUUGGCUCAUUCUGGACUACAUCGGUGACUUUGUGUUCCUCUUGGAUAUCUGCCUGCGCACCCGGAUAAUUUACUUUGCAAAUGGCCAGGUUGUGCGUGAAAGGGUGUUGCUAAGGAAACACUACACAAAGUCUUUACAGUUCAAGUUUGACGUUGUGUGCUUGUUGCCGUUGGAUUUGCUCUAUUUUGCAACCGGUUUCAAUCCCAUUUGGCGUUUACCACGCCUUCUCAAAGGACACAGCUACAACGAGUUUGUGGAGAAGUUUGAGAACAAGUCCAAGUCGGCAAACAGCUUCAGGAUUGUGAAGACCAUUGGUUACAUGUUAUACAUGAUACACCUUAACACUUGCUGCUACUAUGUCAUCUCUGUGUACGAAGGCAUUGGCAUCAACCGCUGGGUGUACAACGGAGAAGGCAAUGCCUAUGUGCGAUGCCUGUUCAGAGCAACCAAGACCCUCAUUACCAUCGGCAACCUCCCGGUUCCGUUGACCACCUUCGAGAUCUUCUUCAUGAAUAUCGACUUUAUGAUCGGCGUCUUUGUUUUUGCCACCAUCAUCGGACAGAUGAGAGACAUUGUCGGCGCUGCAGGGGCCACAAAGGGGGCCUUCCGUCGCCGUAUGGACAACACCAUGGCAUUGCUGCAGAACUGGAAGAUUCCAGACGACGUUCAGAGGAGAGUGAGACUGUGGUUCAUGUACGCCUGGGAUAGGAGAGAACUCUUGGAUGAGCAGGAGAUCAUGAAGAAUGUGCCAAUCAAGAUGCAGACCGAUAUUGCCAUCCACGUCCACAUGGACACACUGAGUAAAGUCUCACUGUUUCAGGACUGUGAUAAGAUGUUGCUUCGAGAUCUUGUGUUGAAACUCCGACCAGUUCUCUUCCUUCCCGGUGAUUACAUAUGCCGCAAGGGUGAGGUUGGGAAGGAGAUGUACAUCAUCAAGAAUGGUUUGGUUCAAGUACUUGGGGGACAGAACAACCGUACGGUGCUAGCCACACUGCAUCCUGGCAGCUACUUUGGAGAAAUCAGCUUGCUGAGUGUCGGUGUUGGUAACCGCCGUACAGCUGAUGUGUACUCUCCAGGCUACUCCAAUCUGUUUGUUCUGGAUAAGAAGGUACUCCAAGAGGUGGUAGUAAACUACCCUAAUGCCCAGGAGAGCCUCAAACGAAAAGCAAGGGAGAUCCUGAAGAAGAACCAGGCAAACGAGAGCAAGUCCAAGAAGCGUCGAGGCAAGUCACUCAUCGCCGAGUCCAUCCUCCUAAAGGACAGGAACAUAGACAGCAGCAAGUUCUUCAACGCCGUCCUGGAGGUGGCCCGCACCUCCAAGAUCGCCAGUACCAUCCUGCGAGCAUCCUAUCGAAGCGGGUUGAACGACAUCGAGGACGAAGCGGUUCAAUUCUCCAACUCGGACAUCUCAUCAGAUGAGGUGAUCUUCGGCACUCGCCAGCAACGAAAAAAGAAGAAGAGACUGGUGAAGAGAGCAAAGAAACAGCAGCAUGAGCGCACCUCCAAUGACGACUCGGAGUCGCAGAACGAGCAAGGACACUCGGACAGCGACCAAGUUCAUCAGGAGCAUCUGAGGCCAAAGCGUACCCUGCGCAGGACAGCCAGCGUGCUGUCCCCGAACCCGGGCGAUCUGAACAUGCCCAGCAGCAGCGGCUCCCGCACCCCGCGGGAGAGUAUGGGUAACAUGAACCUGUUGUGGGACAAUGAGGAGGAUAAGGUGAUGAUGGGAAGGAGCAGCAUCACCGGCGACGUACCGCUUGAAGAAGAGGAAGAAGACUCAACGAUGACGCCGGCUCAUGAGCAAGGGAGGCCGGCACCGAGGAAAGCUACCUCCAAAUCGAGCUUCUCUGGGAUAAAGGAGCGACACCGCAUGGCACGGAGCAUCAGUGAUGUCGAACGCGAAGAGAAGCGAGCACGGAAGAAGCCUUCCCAGCAUCACGCAGCAGAAGACACUCAGAGGUCAUCGUCAGCCCUGCCUGUACACAUGGAGGAUAGUGGUACGGAUAAAAGUGAGCACCAUCUCGCUGAUGACGACGAUGCUUGCAGCGGGGACGAACAUUCCGAGGAGGACAUCGAUAAGGGCGUGUCAUCAGACAGCACCACGCCCUCUCUCUCCGGGAUGGAAGACCAAGGGAGUAAGGCUUCCACUUUGCAAGGCGAGGGUUAUGACUCAAGCAGUGAAGCCUCGCCUGAAUCCAGACGAGAUGACGUCCAGUCAAAGAAGAACAAAAAUAUCCCGUAGACAAAUCUGGUUUGUGAUAGUCAGAAGUUCUGUAUUGUCAGUUCAGUUCUAUAAGAUCUUGACUACAAUUUUUAUGAAUUUUUAAGAUUCUGCUAAGCUAAGGUGAGUUGUUUACCAGUCACAGAUGGUACAUCGUGGUAUGGUAUUUGGCUGGUAACCUUCCUUUGGUAAGCAUACUUUUUGUUGUAGGAAUGUUAUCGGCCCAAUGACCGGAUCACAAACAUAAAGUGCAUUGAUACAUUGUUGUAAAGUGCGCUGUAUAAGAACUAAGUUACAUAGUUACAUGUGAAUGUCCAUUAUCAUUACUAUUUGUUCCAAAAUUCUAUUUGUUCGAUGUGAUUCCGCACCCAAACAAAUUCAGUCAAACCAUGUGCAAUUUUUGUAGAUAAGAACAAAGAGUUGUAGAUAAAGAACAAAGAACUAAAUUAUAUAUUUAUUUAACAUUGUAAAGGUUUGGCAAUUGUGUUUUUGUUGUAGGAAUGUUAUCGGCCCAAUGACCGGAUCACAAACAUAAAGUGCAUUGAUACAUUGUUGUAAAGUGCGCUGUAUAAGAACUAAGUUACAUAGUUACAUGUGAAUGUCCAUUAUCAUUACUAUUUGUUCCAAAAUUCUAUUUGUUCGAUGUGAUUCCGCACCCAAACAAAUUCAGUCAAACCAUGUGCAAUUUUUGUAGAUAAGAACAAAGAGUUGUAGAUAAAGAACAAAGAACUAAAUUAUAUAUUUAUUUAACAUUGUAAAGGUUUGGCAAUUGUGUUUUAAAGUGGCACAGUAAAGUACUCCUGUUAUUCCACACUUUUCCAAAUUGUUUAACAAAAACCAGGUUGAUGUGAUUUUGUUAUGAAGACAACUCUUAAUGUGCAAUAUUUAAGUGUUAGUUUUAUAGGAACUGAUUGUUUAUGAAUGAUGCCCAAUGUAAUUGUUAUCAGAAAUAUAUUGAGACAAAUUGCAGGUUAAAGGCACUGUAUACGUUUGUUAAUUGUCAAAGACCAGUCUUCUCACUUGGUGUAUUCCAUCAUAACCA